AUGCGGGGCUGGCUGCUGCUGGCGGCGCUGGGCUGGCUGCUGCCGGCGGGGGCCGCGGCCAGCGGCGAGUACUGCCACGGCUGGCUGGACGGGCAGGGCGGCUGGCGGGACGGCUUCCAGUGCCCCGAGCGCUUCGACGGCGGCGACGCCACCAUCUGCUGCGGCAGCUGCGCCCUCCGGUACUGCUGCUCCAGCGCCGAGGCGCGGCUCGACCAGGGCGCCUGCGACAACGACCGGCGGCAGGGCGGCGGCGAGCCGGGCCGGCCCGGCAAGGACGGCUCCGACGGCGCGGCAGUGCCCAUCUACGUGCCAUUCCUUAUCGUUGGAUCUGUAUUUGUCGCCUUCAUCAUCCUGGGAUCACUGGUGGCAGCUUGCUGCUGCAGAUGCCUGCGGCCCAAGCAGGAGCCCCAGCAGAGUCGAGCCCCUGGGGGCACCCGCCUGAUGGAGACGAUCCCCAUGAUCCCAAGUGCCAGCACCUCCCGGGGCUCCUCCUCUCGCCAGUCGAGCACGGCUGCCAGCUCCAGCUCCAGCGCCAACUCGGGGGCCAGAGCCCCACCGACCAGGUCCCAGACCAACUGCUGUUUGCCCGAAGGGACCAUGAAUAAUGUCUAUGUCAACAUGCCGACGAACUUCUCAGUGCUGAACUGCCAGCAGGCCACCCAGAUCGUGCCGCACCAGGGGCAGUACCUGCACCCCCAGUACGUGGGCUACGCCGUGCAGCAUGACUCGAUGCCGCUGACCCCGGUGCCCCCCUUCCUGGAUGGUUUGCAGAGCGGCUACAGGCAGAUCCAGUCACCCUACCCACACACCAACAGUGAACAGAAGAUGUACCCAGCUGUGACUGUGUAGCGCUGAUGCCUUCCUCCCCCUCCCCGCCCAGCAGAUUUUAAUAUCCAAACUGAACGGAGGAGAAAUACUUCCUUGGAAUGAAGCUCCCAGAACGUCACUUGUAAAUAAUUUUGAAAGGCUCAUGCAUGUCAGACAGUGUUUAUAAACCAUUUAUUUUCAACGGGGUCUGUUGCCAGAAACUGUAAGGAUGAUAUCUCGGAAUUAGCGUUGCCAGAUACGCUCUCAUUCCAGUGCGUGAUUUACGGCAGCGGCGGAUUACGCUGAAAAUGCAUAUGUAUUUCACAUUACUGUACUUGAGAGAUAAAUGUCGGAGCCGUUAAGUGCCCUUCAGGUAUGAUAUGGUCAGAAGUAUUUGCCUAAUUAAUUCGUAGAAAGAGUUUUGUUACGCUGUACAAGACCGCAGUACUUAAGAAACCUCUCUUCUCCUCUCCCAGCUCCUUAAUGACAUUUCCUGAUGCUUUACAGACAAUCACAACCAAGAGCCAAACAGUGCAAUCAAUCUCUGUGCACAGGGUGCUGGUACCAGCCUCCACAACUUCUUAUACACACCUGGUUUGGGAUGAAAUGCCACAAGAGGCUUGGUCUUGCGAAGACCAAUUUCCCUUGUCCCUGGUAUUUAUGUAGGAAUUAGUAGAGUGAAUUAUUUGGCUCUUCUUCCAGUGCACUUGAAACCCUUCUUGAUUUGGUUUUAUCUCAAGAUCAGGACCCAGUAGUGUGGUUUGCACAGACCAUCUUUGUGAACGUUUUACUAAAAACAGGGUACGAGGUGCUUGCUCUUUGUGAUACUCAGCAAAGCUUUGGUACAGCUGGCAGUGUCUGAGCUGAAACUGCCUUUGCAGAGAAAGGUCGUACUGUGAUUCCAAACACGCCUGGUUUAACCUCACUUCUCAUGUAACAUUAAACCCGCAGGAAUACACGUGAAGUUGUCAGCCCCAAACCCUGCUUGCAGCUGAGUCUGCCUGUAGGACAACAGAGUUUGUCUGGUUCCUCUACCAGCCCAUUUUGAGUCCCCUGCCCUCCCACGUGGGAGUGGGGGAGUCUCACAGAGAACUGCCCUGGCUGGGACAUGGGAGGGCUGGUGCAGGUUUGAAACCCAUCCUCUUUUCUUCUUUACCUACCUGUGGGGCAGGGGACUAGGAAGGCACAGCUGUAUUUAAAAAUAAGGACAAAGGCCCAACCAAAGGACUAGGGUGCUUGUGGUGCCAUGGGGAUCAGGGAGGUGGUGAGGUGUGGACAGGGGAGACACUUCACACUGGAGCUGCUGGCUCCGUCUUGCUUUGCUUCAUCUGGAGAAAACACCUCUCCAGAUGGAAAGGCUACAGCAUGCUGGGAAUAAUCAGAUCAUGCUAAUUGUAAUAUAUCAACCCAGAUGUAGCAAACUAAGGCUGGUUUUGUCUCUUAAAAAAAAGCACAGUCUCUGCAUUUCCAUCCAUUUGUUCUUCAGCCAAAACUGCAACAGAAGACUGAGGCUCUAUACAAAAGAACAGGCAAUUACUGUAACCAGACCAGAGAUUAUAAAAGGUUUCUUAUUGUCUGAUACUGUAUCAAUAUGUAGCAAUAACUGUGAUACUGCUAUUUUUUGUAUGUCUGUUUUUAAAUGACACAUAAGGUGCAGACACAUUGCCAAAUCCAGUGGUUUACUCAUAAAUAUGCCACACACAGGCAGUCUGCAGUGGGCAGAAAUGGUUUGGCCACUGACAGGGGGAAAUGAAUAGGUAAUUUAUCCCAGAUCUGUUGUUCCUGGCUGCGAUCGCCCAGUCAGUGUGCAGGACCUGGACAGAAAGAUCGGUGUAUGGGACCUGGCAUCCCCUCCAGCCAGGCUGGGCGUCUUUGGGAAGGCAGUGCCUGGCUGCUGGAGGCGCCAGUGCCCUCCCUGCUCUGUCUGCACAGCUUGGUGCCUGGGGACCUCCAAGGCAGUGGUUGCAGCAGAGCUGGGUGCUGCCAAGCUUCUGAAGGACCCACCCUGCUGUGUGGUCUCGUGGGGAUUUUGAAAGGGAGUACAUUGUAGCGUGAUCACUCUGGCCUUCCCAAGCUGAGCUGGCAGCUGCCCGUGGCUUCAGAAGGAGCUGGAGGCGCUUGGCUCCAGGUGAGACCUGGCCUGUUCCUGCGUGACCAGACAAGCAGCUCAUCCCUGUGGUCGUGAGGUUUCCCAGCUGUGAACCAAAUCAGCUCUCCCUGCCACCAGUGCAUACACUGCCUGCCUUGCACAGGCCCUGGCAAGGACACCUCCUCUGACCUAUGAAAUUCAGGUGAAUCUUUGUAUAUUGUUUACUUGUUUAAAAAAAAAAAAAGAAAAAAGAAGAAAAAUAAUAAGUUAAAUUUAAGCCUGUAGAAAUUAAUUUACAACUGAAGGCAGAGAAGCCUGAGUUGUAAUAGAAGGAAUUUUGUGAGAUGUGGUGAUUUUUUUUAUGUCAUGUACAAUAAUGUAAAACCAAUGUUACCAUUUAAUAUAGCUUUUAAAUCACUGAAAGAGCACUUGCUUUAAAGUGUUUCUUACAAAUGAAGAAAAAAGCUUCCUUUGUUUCUUAAUAAAUACGGUGUGA